AUGACUGUUCCAGUGGUUAAUGGUAGCUCUUGUCUAUCAUUGUACGGACAGAAUAAGGACUUAUUAUUACAGGCAAUUAAUUUUUACACCAAUGUGGUUGGGUUCACGAAGGAGUCAGACGAGUCGGGAACGGUGUAUUUGGGUUCCGACGAGUCGAAGGUUAUUAUCAAGUUGGAGGUAUCGGACAAGGCACCUUCUGGGAGUGAGGUCAAACAGAUUACCGAGCGCUUGGUAUCCCUGUUAGGUGUGAAUGACUGGAGAUCAAUUGAGUCGUGCAUCACUUUGAUGGUGAAGGAUUUGAACCAGUUGGUAGUUUUAUUGGAAGACAGCAAUUAUCCGGUGCAAAUAUCACCGAACGAAUUGUACCCGGAUGAAGUGUACACCGUUGAUCCACUUGGGAACGUAGUUGGGUUUACUGUGUGUUUCAAUCCGUUAACGGUAAACCCACCUGUGAAGAAGUUGGGUCCAUGGAAACCAGAACAAGAUUCCAUGUCUGCUUCGACUUCUGAAUUCUCCAAAAUUGGUGAUAAUGGCGGUACAUCCAAGAAAAGAAGAAACAUUGCUGUGAUGACCUCUGGUGGUGAUUCACCAGGUAUGAAUGCGGUAGUUUUUGCCGUCGUUAGGGCUGCGAUUUUUAGAGGAUCAAAGGCAUUCUGUGUAAUGGAAGGUUAUGAAGGUUUGAUCAGGGGUUCGGACUACAUCAAAGAAAUGAACUGGCAAGAUGUUAGAAGUUAUCUUUCAGAAGGUGGUACCAAUAUUGGUACCGCUAGAUGCAUGGCAUUCAAAGAAAGAAAGGGUAGAUUAACUGCCUGUAAGAAUCUUAUUGAAAGUGGAAUUGACGCCUUGAUUGUAUGUGGUGGUGACGGUUCUUUAACCGGUGCUGAUUUAUUUAGAAAAGAAUGGCCGUCAUUAAUUAAAGAAUUGAAGGAUACUAAUGCUAUAAACGAAGAAAAAUACGAAACAUAUAAGCAUCUUAAUAUUUGUGGUGUCGUUGGUUCUAUUGAUAAUGAUAUGGCCACAACUGAUGCUACUGUUGGUGCGUAUUCGUCAUUAGCUAGAAUAUGUCAAGCCAUUGAUUACAUUGAUGCAACCGCAAACUCUCAUUCCAGAGCUUUCGUUGUCGAGGUCAUGGGUAGACACUGUGGUUGGUUAGCUUUAAUGGCAGGUAUAGCCACAAGUGCCGAUUAUAUCUUAAUUCCAGAGAAACCUGCAUCUUCGAAGGACUGGCAAAAACAAAUGUGUGAAAUUGUUCAAAAGCAUAGAGCCAAGGGUAAAAGAAAGACAAUAGUUAUUGUUGCUGAAGGUGCUAUCACUUUAGACUUAAAGCCUAUUUCAUCAAAAGAUGUGAAAGAUAUCCUUGUAAACAAAUUAGGUUUGGAUACAAGGGUAACUGUUUUGGGUCAUGUUCAGAGGGGUGGUACUGCUGUUGCAUAUGAUCGUAUUUUAGGUACCUUACAAGGUGUUGAGGCAGUUAAAGCUGUUCUUGACUGUACACCAGAAACACCAUCUCCUUUGAUCGCCAUCACAGAGAAUAAGGUUGUAAGAAAAUCCUUAGUAGAAGCGGUGGAAAUUACGCAAUCCGUCGCUACUGCUAUUGAAGAACGUAAUUUCGAGAAGGCCAUGUCAUUAAGAGAAACAGAAUUUGUCGAACAUUUAAAUAAUUUUAUCUCCAUGAAUAGUGCAAACCACAAUGAACCAACCUUACCUGUUGAGAAAAGAAAGAAGAUUGCUAUAAUAAAUAUAGGUGCACCUGCUGGUGGGAUGAAUAGUGCAGUAUAUUCCAUGGCCACUUACUGUAUGUCAAAAGGACACACACCAUAUGCCAUUUACAAUGGGUUCACAGGUUUGUCGAGACAUGAAUCUGUGAGACUGAUGGACUGGUUAGACAUUGAAGGGUGGACAUCAAUUGGUGGGUCGGAAAUUGGUACUAAUAGAGCAACCCCAGACGAGACUGACAUAGGAAUGAUAGCAUAUUAUUUUGAAAAAUAUCAAUUUGACGGAUUAAUACUCGUUGGGGGUUUUGAAGCCUUUGUUUCGUUGGACCAAUUAGAAAAAGCAAGAUCUAUGUAUCCCGCAUUUAGAAUACCAAUGGUUUUGAUUCCUGCUACUAUUUCAAACAAUGUUCCAGGAACAGAAUAUUCAUUAGGUUCAGAUACUUGCUUGAAUGUCUUAAUGGAAUAUUGUGAUGUUGUUAAGCUUUCGGCUUCCGCUACAAGAGGACGUGUAUUUAUUAUUGAAGUUCAAGGUGGUAACUCUGGUUAUAUCGCAACAUUUGCUUCCUUGGUUUCGGGUGCACAAGCUUCGUAUGUACCAGAAGAAGGUAUUGCAUUAGGACAAUUGGAAAUGGACAUCAGCUCUUUGAAGGAGGCAUUCUCUAUUGAAAGAGGUAUCUCCAAGGCAGGUAAGUUAAUCUUGAAGAGUACGAAUGCCUCCAAGGUAUUGACUACUGAAGUUCUCGCGGAUGUCGUUAACCAAGAAGCUAAUGGAGAAUUUGAUGCUAAGACAGCUAUCCCAGGUCAUGUUCAACAAGGUGGCUUACCUUCGCCAAUUGACAGAACUAGAGGUGCUAGAUUUUCCAUUAAAGCAGUUCAAUAUAUCGAAGAGACUUUUGAUGAUAUCCACCCAUAUAGAUAUGAAAUGAACUUCCCAACAGAUGAUAAAAAGGUGCAAGCUACCGCAGCGGUGUUAGGAGUUGAAUCUUCUCAUUUGAAAUUUAGAUCCAUUAGAAAGCUUUAUGAUUUUGAGACAGAACUUACUAAGAGGAUGCCUAAGAAAAUUUCUUGGAAUGAAGUAAGAGAUAUCGCUGAUCAAUUAGUCGGCAGAACUCGCCUUCAAAAAUAA